AGUGUUCCUCUGCCACACCGCUGUGAACUAAACUAGGCAACCACUUAACAUAUAUUAUCCAUCCAUGUCUAUGACUAUGUGCAUGUCUGAUUAGAUAGGAUAAGAAUAAACCUACAUUGUGUUCUAAUACUCUACUUGGUGGUGCUUGUGAAUGGAGUUUCGUGACAGCUACGAUUUGCGGUUCGGGGUGAUCACAGUCCUGGUUGGGAUGGUUGUUGCAACAUUUGGGUUAAUGAGAUGGGGAAAUGAAUGGUAUUAUGAGAGAAAAUUGGGUGGAAUCAGACAGUUUCUUCCUCCGGGUGACAUGGGGUGGCCUUUGAUUGGGAACAUGUUGUCUUUUGCCGUUUCUUUCAAGAAGGGCCAUCCUGAUUCCUUCAUCGAAACUCUUCAUACCAGGUUCAAUCGGACACAUAUUUACAAGUCUCACAUGUUUGGAAGCCCAAGUGUGAUUGUCACAUCUCCGGAAGCAUGUAGAAAAGUGUUGAUGGACAAUGAAACCUUCGGCCCUGGUUGGCCAAAAGCAGUUACAAUACUACUAGGAGAUAAGGGUUUCCAUGGCAUCACAAACGAGGAACACAGGCGUCUUCGCCGCCUCACGGCUGGAUCAUUAUCUGGUCAAGAGGCCCUGUCUUUCUACAUUGAGUAUAUCAAAGACAUAGCCGUGACUUCUUUGAAAGAUUUGUCCGAAAAGGAGAAGCCCAUUGAGCUGUUAACUGAAAUGAGAAAAAAUGCUUUCAAUAUUAUCAUGUACAUUAUAUUGGGCAUUGAGACGAGUCCUGAGUUGGAAAAGCUGGAAAAAGAGUACCAUCUCUUAACUCAUGCACUUAAGGCCAUGCGUAUUAAUCUGCCCGGGUUUGCUUAUCACCGCGGCCUUCGGGCUCGGAAAAAGCUGAUAAAAAAGUUUGGAAGUCUAGUAGAACAACGGAGGGUAUCAUUGGAAAAUAAGCAGACAAAAGGAAAGAGAUUUAUGGUGGACUUACUGAUGGAAACAGAAGAAGAUGGGAAGAAACUGAGUAACCAGGAAAUUGUUGAUCUGAUAAUUAUAUAUUUACUAGCUGGACAUGAAUCCUUUGCUCAUGCUUCAACUUGGGUACUGAUUAAUCUACUUGAACAUCCACAAUAUUACCAACUAGCCAAGGAUGAGCAAGAGAAGAUUGUAAAGAAAAGAGUGUCUGUAGAAGAUUCACUUAACCUUGCAGAAAUUAAACAAAUGGAGUAUCUGUCGAAGGUGAUCGAUGAAACAUUGCGGUUGGCUAAUCUUUCAUUCACACUAUUUCGUGAAGCAAAGACAGAUGUUCAUAUGAAUGGUUACACGAUACCCAAGGGAUGGAAGGUUUUGCCAUGGAUUAGGAGUGUACACAUGGAUUCUCAGAAUUACAAGAACCCGAAUGUGUUCAAUCCUUCUCGAUCUGAAGACAAUACAAGCAAGGGAGCAGGAAUGUUUAUGCCUUUUGGAGCAGGAAGUAGACUGUGUCCUGGAAUGAAUUUGGCAAAGCUUGAAAUCUGCAUCUUUCUUCAUUAUUUUCUCCUUCACUACAAGCUAGAACGUCUUACUCCAUAUGGAAAGGUGGCAUAUAUACCAAUCACACGACCUUCUGAUAAUUGCAUUGCAAGAAUCCAGAAGCUGAGUUCCAUAUAGUACCACUUUGAGUCUGUGAAAUUUGGUGCCAUAUAUUUACUCUAUCCAUGUAUUAUAAUUACAAAAUGGGAUGAAGGAAAAGUUGCCAGGGAUAGAGGUAGACUGAGAUUUCAUAUUAUACUUCCAUGAAAACGUUUUUGACAUUGCUUGCACAAUUCACA